UGUCGUAUUUGUUGUACCGUAACGGAAUAAUUCUACGCAUAUUGUGCUUCGGUGUUUAAUGUUCGUGAACUCCGAUUGCUCGAAAUUUUGAUUAUGCGUCACUGUUUUUUUUUAUGAACGCAACGUCCUGAUUCUGUGUUAAAAGAAGAAAAAGAAAGAAAGUGUGCAAGUAUAGAAUCGGUUUCUGAUUUUUUCUUCUCAAUCAUGUUGUGAAAAGUUCGCGUACAAUUUAUUUAACUAUUUUUCGUCCUGAUAUGGAAAAUACUUUUCGUGUCACAUCUACGCACUACAAUGGUGGUUGCGACCUCUUCGGCCGUUGCUGUUGUUGAGGACCUUUCGAAGGAUACCCUUGGAAGGUUGCGCAUUCGGUACGUAAUGCCGGCGGCGCAUCUCACCCUGCGUGAGGAGGAUGUAGUCAGACUUACCCUCGAAUUUCUGCACAGUCGCGACUUGCACAUAUCCCAAUUGUCGUUGGAACGAGAAACUGGUGUGAUAAACGGCCAGUUCAGCGACGACGUACUUUUCCUCCGUCAGCUGAUACUCGACGGUCAGUGGGAUGACGUUCUCGAGUUCAUCCAACCCCUCGAAGCGCUACCGGAUUUCGAUAUGCGAAAAUUCACCUACUCCAUACUGCGUCACAAGUACGUUGAACUGUUGUGCAUAAAGUCGGAAGCGAACGUGAUCGCCGGGGCUAACGGUAGCGUGGACAACGCCGUCGAAGAGGUGGUCAAGGUGCUCAGCGACCUCGAGAAAGUCGCUCCUUCGAAAGACGAAUACUCCAGCCUCUGUCUACUCCUCACGUUACCCCGACUCACGGAUCACCUUCAGUACAAGGACUGGAAUCCGAGCAACGCGCGAGUCCAAUGCUUUCGCGAAGUUCACCCUCUGGUGGAAAAAUUUUUACCCGGCGAUCGCAAGAGUUCGUCGGAUCACUCGGGUCCGGUAACGUCCGCGAAAAACGAUCGCAUGAUACAGCUGGUCAUCAAAGGUAUACUCUACGAGUCGUGCGUGAAUUAUUGUCAGGCGAAGGCCACCGGAUCCAAGGAGAGCGAGCAGGUCGAGAUGAGUUUUUCCAGACUGUUGGACGGCUCCGUGGGAUUCAGCGACUCGGACCUCAGCCUCCUCUCCUGGCUGCAAAGUAUACCGCCGGAAACGUUCGCCGUUCCAUUCGCGCAGAGGACGUUGAACGUGGACGUCGAACGACUGGAGAGACCGUCGCUGGAGACUUCGUGGACCGAGCACAUGCUCAUCACUCCCAUCAAACCAAAGACCUUUCCGCACAGCGCUAUGCCCUUCACGAGACCGAGGUCGGCGGCCGACAUGAUGUCGAGGAGUUUGGUGCCCGCCCUCGAAGGACUCGGACCCCGCAGUCCGGGAUUGAAAAAUACACCGAUACCGUCCGCCGCGCUGAUGGCGUUGUCGACCGGCGACAUAAACCCCAUGUCGAGAUCUUCGUUCGCCAGUUUUCAUCUGACCGGUUUCAAGAAUAACAAAUUGAUGAACACCAGCGUGGACAGAUUGUUCGAAAACGAAGGGGACGUGUUUCUGAGCUCGAGUUACGCGGAUUUUCAACAACUGCCGUCCAUCCAAGAAGCCGCUGCUAAUUCCUCGCUGCCGAAACCUCCGCCGAGAACGAGGGGACAGUCGAAGAGUCCGGAAGGUGCGAGAGCGGAUCCUUCGGCAGCGUCGACUCCGGAGAGGCGAAUCGCGGGUCGCGAAUCUCCGGCUCCUUCGACCGCCAGAAGUUCCCGUCGCGAUUCCCUCGCCGACAAACCUCCGGUAAUACCCCAGAAAAUUCCAGAACCGACACUCCCCGUAGCCGCGGGUAUCGUCGGACCCACCGGUGAAAUUCUGGAGCCAAGUUUCAACGGUGAUUUAUUUAAGGAAUUCCAAAAACAGAAACAACGGCUGCAGGAAACCAUACAGCUCAAAGAAAAGGAACGCGACGAACUCGUGAGACAACUCGCCGCCCCUGCGGUCAACCCUCAGGCCAACGACAACCGGCUGCAGGACGACACGAUGAAACAACCUUUGAAUAGCAAAGGACCGUCGCCCGUACAUACCAGUACGCCGAGCAGAUCCGGAAUUCAAUCUCCUAAACCCGCGACUAACGGUACAGCUGAUCCCUCGUUGUCCAGGCAGAACUCGACGUCCAGCAAUUUUUACGACCAAAGAAUACACGACGGGAUCUACGACGCUGCGAAAACUGGUAUCAAGCAAGAACCGAGGCCCGAUAUCGACGUUAGUAACGGCAGCAGUAACGGCGGACGCCCAAGAUUCGUCCCUGUGACAGCUCUCGAGGAUGUCCAAGCCGUCCGUUGCGCCGAAUUCCAUCCGCAUGGAAAGCUUUACGCGGUUGGAUCGAAUUCGAAGACUCUUCGGAUAUGUUCAUAUCCCAAGCUCAACGACGUUCGGGAGGAUCACCAGACUUACCAGCCGACAGUUUUGUUCAAACGAACGAAGCACCAUAAAGGUUCGAUAUACUGUUUGGCCUGGACACCGGAUGGGCAGUUAAUGGCGACCGGAAGUAACGACAAGACCGUCAAGCUGAUGAAAUUCAAUGCGGAGAACUCAAACCUGGAAGGUCAAGAGGUCGAGCUCGGUAUGCACGAUGGGACCGUGAGGGAUCUGUGCUUCCUCGAGGACACGUCGAACAAAUCAAGUUUACUAAUUAGCGGGGGUGCUGGCGACUGUAAAAUUUAUGUCACCGACUGCGCCACCGGUACACCCUUUCAAGCUCUGAGUGGCCACAGCGGACACGUACUCACCCUCUACAACUGGGGAGGUGCUAUGUUCGUUAGUGGGUCACAAGAUAAAACCGUCAGAUUUUGGGACCUGAGAACGAGAGGAUGCGUGAAUAUGGUGACCCCCGCAACGGUACCUGGCAGUAGACAUUUGAUACCAUUGCAGGUCGGUAGUCCUGUCGCGGCACUCUGCGUAGAUCCUUCGGGAAGACUUCUCGUCUCCGGACACGAGGACAGCAGUUGCGUUCUCUUCGAUAUUCGAGGAGGCAGAACAGUUCAGUGUUUCAAACCUCACGCGUCGGAUAUCAGGAGCAUCAGAUUUUCACCAUCGGCCUACUAUCUGCUGACCGGUGGAUACGAUAAUAAACUUGUCCUCACAGAUUUGCAAGGUGAUCUGACGAUGCCGUUACCGAGUGUAGUUGUAGCUCAGCACCAGGAUAAGGUAAUAUCUGGUCGAUGGCAUCCGACGGAAUUCUCAUUCCUCAGUACCUCUGCCGACAAAACAGCAACCCUUUGGGCUCUGCCUCCCGUUUAAGGUAUCCGAUCGCGGGGAUAUCCGACGUUCAUUCAACGAUCACCUAUUGAUCGCCUAUUUCUCGUAUUAUGUUAACAAAACUCAUGCUGUUUUUGUUGUUGUUGUUUUUGUUUUCUAUUUCUCACCAAUCUUCCAUACAAUCCCCUUCUCUAUUCCUCUCCUAUUUCCUUCAAAUCCCGAGAUCCACGCUUCUACCCUCGACGAUGCGAAGAUCCUCGCUGGGCGAUCUUCGAUUGAUGUUCGAAAGAGGCAUCGUCUGGACACGGAUGAUUUCAACGGGUGUCAGAUGAGGUAUUCAAAUAAUUUAUUCUUAUCGCGCCUUACCAUGAAAAAUCAUUUACCGAAUAGAAUAUUUUCACGAGUAUCACCAGAGUUUGAUAACAAUUUGUUACUAAUGUAAUAACUAUCGUUAUUUUUAUUUUAUUCUAAUCAUAUAAUUUCGUAACGAACGAUAAAAUAAGACUGCGGGUCAAAUUUCUCAUAUUCAAUAAUAAACAUGAGUAAUUAUUAAUCUGAUGUGAAUAAUCUCAACGACGACGACUUGAUUUUAUUAACUUCUCUUUAAUCGAUAACCAUUAUUAUUAAUAAUAAUUAAUUUCAGUGUUCAGGAGUUAUUGAUGGAUGAUAAUAAAUGUUUUGACGAUCUUUUAAAUAAUAAGGUCAGAUAUACGAUAUUGCUUCGUUAGUAAUUAAUAUAUACGCGUUGCGAAAAAAAAAAACCAGUGGUAUUUAACCAGUAAUUCUUUUUUCUCUUCUUUUAUUCAUUAAAUCAUUAAACAUAAUAAUGUAAAUACUUUAGCGUAGAUUUUAAUAAAGGUUAGUAAAAAAAGGAAAGAAAGAAAGAAAAGUUACUCAUGUACAGAUUACAAUAAAGGAGAUAAAUAAUAAAAAUGAAAAACAAAAAAAAAAAAAAGACACAGAUUCUUCAUUAAUAUAAAUGAACUACGGAUAAUCUUUCAUAAAUAAAUAUAAAAAAAAAAAGCGAAAGAAAAAAAAUAUACUUAAGGAUACAAAAUUUUGGCGCCUUGUACUUUAAGACUCAUUUUGUGAACGAAACUCCGAAAGAUUUGCUCGGAUAUUUAGAAAAAAAAAAAAAGAAAAAAAACUAUUCUAAUUCUAGUUUUAGUUUUGCGAAGCGAAUAUUUAAUCCCUGUACCUAUUUUUAAUAAAUCAAAGAAAGAAUCGAAAAAAACAAAAAGAUCAGAAGUAUUAAGCGAAGAAGAGGAACGAAUAAAUAAAGAAUAAUAUACCAUUAA